AUGGGUUCUGCUACUUUAGGACUUCAGAAACAUGCAAGCAGGGUUCUAGCACGCAAUAGAAGGGCAACACAGCCUAACAAGCCACUUUUGCCACCUUUGCCGCUUUACAGACGAAUUUUGAGAGUGCACCAAAAUUUGCCAGCUCCCCAAAGAGAGCUUGGAGACCAAUACGUGAAAAAUGAAUUCAAGCUCCACAAAGGUACCACGAAUCCGCUACACAUUGUAGGGUUCUUAGCUUCUUGGCAAGACUACCUGCAUGUGAUCACCCAAGGACAGUGGCACGAAGCUACAUUAUCCGCAGAAUUACUAGACAAGAUGUCACCGGAGCAAGUAACCCAGCUGUACGAACUUAUGAAAGAAACGGAGACACUUCGUCUACCAGAGGACAAUUGA